UGUCCGCAGAAGGAUGAGCAGUGUUUUCAUUGGAAGGCGGGCAAAGUUUUCGUAGUGCUGUGGAAGUAGCCGUUAAAAAUCAACCCCGUCGGCUCGAAACGACAUUACCCCGCGUCUCUGGUUAUUUAGUGAAAGAAUACAUUCACUAAGCGUCUCUUAGUGAAAUAAUACAUACUUGAAAGGCACGAUCUGGAGCGGAUACUCUCUCAGAUAAUCACGGUAUAGUUUGCUACUCUUCAUCAUCUUCAAGUGCCAGUAAGCCUAAACAUCAUCAUGAUGGCAACUCGGAACAACACAGCCAGUGCUGCUCCAAACAAUAAGGUGAAAUACUCCAGGCUGGCAGAUAGUGAUGAAGGCUACAUUGAUCUACAGUUCAAGAAAACACCACCUAAAGUACCCUACAAGGCUAUUGCCCUGGCAACGUUCCUAUUUCUGGUUGGCUCUGUAUUGAUUGUUGUUGGAUCCCUUCUUUUGGCAGGAUACAUUAAUGUCAUGUACCCAGAUCGCACGAUUCCCGUUCUCAUCAUCGGCAUACUGAUCUUUCUUCCCGGAUUCUAUCAUCUGCGGAUUGCUUAUUAUGCUUCCAAGGGUUACCGUGGUUAUUCUUACGAUGACAUCCCAGAUUUUGACGACUAAAUGGAUCUAGUCAUACCGAAUGCUGUUACUUAUAUGUGUUUUCUGCAGAUGUUGCAUGAUUUGCCUUUAGACUUUCAUUCUCUGUUUACUCCGAGUUUCUCUGGGAGAGAAACUGUGGCACACUGUGCUUUAUUGAGCUGAAUAUUGUUAUUUUACCAAAAGAAAAAAGAAGUGCAAUAUUAAGCAAAAUAGAGUAUUUAUUUAGCUAAAUACAUAAAAGGCCAACAAGAAAUAUGCUGAUAUUUUCGUAGCUUUUAUAAAACUUGAAAAAGUAUUGUUUUAAAAGCUAGAAAAUGUAUGUAUCUGUAAUGGAGCAUGUUAUUUACUGUAUAUACACUAUAUCAGUCAAAUGUUUGGACACAAAUUAGAUUUGUAUGCCAAAGAUGAAAAUAAUAUACUUUUUUUUUUUUUUUAACUGGAUAAGUUAGUCUGGAAAGUGAUGAAAAGUAGCCAAAAAGUAAUGUACAUGCCCUAAAAAAGUAAUGUAUUUAUUUCAUACUA